AUGAGGGAAGUCGGCUAAGGGGAGCCCGUGUCGCGCAAGCGCCGGUAGAGGAGCAUAGGAAAGAUGCCGCUUUCCUCGAGAGUCUUAUUAAGCCCGCUGCUGCUUCUAAUCAUCGCAGGAAGCACCGGCGCCUUCAGCUCCCGGCAAGGAGAAUGCUUGUUUCCCACGAAGUGGGAAGGCGCGUGGUUCCAAAGUGGCGUGAGGCAAUCAAUAUUAAUAUCCAAGAACGAAUUAUCCACCAAGGGCAGGUGUCUGCACAACGAAGGUGACAAGUAUCUUCUGGUAGAUCAGAAAUCAUGCUAUCGUUGCGUCGUCAUUCACGAGAAGCAUUCCAACGUUCUGCAGUACAAAGAGACUUUUUGCCACAGUAAAAACUCACUGGCGUCUCUCUGCUCGUAUAUUACGGGCGAUGCGCUGCUGUACUCCAUGUUCCGCGAGGAGGCGCUCCCCGUGGCGUGCCCCUUUCGCGGCCCCAUGACCUUUUCCUACAACCGUGGCCACGGCACGUGCUCGAAUCCGCCGAGCAACGUCGACACCUGCACGGACGACAGCAGACUCCUCUUCAAGUACCAGGCCUGCCCGGACGUGCCCGCUUCGGAGAGCGCAGUGGAGGAGCUGGAAUGCCUGGCCACCUGGAAGGAGGGCAGCAGCCGUUACUUAGUCGGCCGUCUGCAUCACGGCCACGCGUCCAGCAACGAGGAUCGAUACCGGUGCUUCGUCUACGAGAAGGCAGGCCAGACGGUACAGAGUAACCUGAACAGGGCGGCCAUGGGCAUGGGCACCAUGGACCACGAAGUCACCCUGCCGGGCGGCCCGGUGCCCGAGGGCUCCGCCGAGGUAUACCGGGUGGCGCAGAGCGGCGACGCGACGUGCAACGGUCUGUUUAGUCCUAUGGAGGGCUCCCGCACGAUGACCCUGAGGAAGGUCUCGUCCCCGGGCGAAUGUCGGUUCCCAAAUUGGCUGACUGGACACUCGAGCGGCGGACUGACCUGGCACACUCUGGACCUCGGCAGAUCCUACACGUUUCAUCCGCGAAACGCGUCUCUGCACGUCACCAGAACGAACACGACUUCGUCGAGUUUCGAGAGCGGGUCCAUAGACUCGCAAUACGUGCCCGGGCCGGAGGAUCAGGACGUGAAGAUCCUUUGCAACAGCAUAAAGCAGUCGAAUGGCGCGCCGACCAUGAUAACGAUGACGCUGGUGGCACACUUCACUGUCGGCUGCCGGAGCGGUUUUAUGUGCAUGACGUUCUACCGGAGAGACGGCCACGUGAUCGAGCUGCAAACGGGAAGCGCGGUAUCUAGACCGGAAGAAGCAUGCAGCCCGCCCCAUUUUCUGCAGCACAGCACGCCUUUUCUCACCUUAGUCA